AAAGUGUAACUUACUAUAACGAUAAAAAUUUUGCUCCUGCUAAAAAUUAUCGCUUUGCGUUCUCUCGACCAACGCUGUUGGCCGCGUCCCACACCGGAAAAUUUCCGUCUCCGCCGUCGUUUUAUCUCCGUUCCGGUCCACGGUAUUCUUCCUCCGUUUAUAUCUGUCAAAAUUUAUCCCUACAGUCCUUGUAUCAUAAGCAAUAAUAAGGCCAAGAGAAAAGCCCUAAUAUACUGUCAAAUGGACUUCCGAUACGCGAGGCCGCCGCCUCCGCCACCUCCUUCUUCGGAUCCCCACCAACGACCACCACAACAACCAGUUCCACCACCUCCAGGGACUUGGUAUUCCGGUCAAUUUCAGUACCACUCGCCGUCACCUCCUCCGCCACAGUGGGCUCAACAACCACAACACCCCGAUCACCACCUUCCUCCUCCUUAUGCGGUAGCUCCCCCUCCACCGAUGCCGUAUUCUUCAAACCCUUACCCCCUUCCUCCUAGACCUCAUAUGCCACUACCGCCACCACAACCUCAUUAUCCUCCUGUCAAUCAGGAGUGGAGUAAUACAAACUGGGGUCAUCAAGGAUGGGAUCAUUCAGCAGCACAUAACAAAAAUGAAGAUGAUUGGGCUGCCAGGGCUAGAGCAUGGGCAGCUUCAAAAACUGUAACAGAUGAUCAGCAUCAGCAUCAGCAUCCACAGUUAAACCCUGCCACUCGACCAGAAGAAACAAACUACCAGGGUCAAUAUACCCAAAAUUUGGAUCCUCCUUACACAGAGUUUCAACAACAUCCACUUCCUCCAUCAAACUAUCAACAAUAUCCAUCUUCUUUUCCACCUCCACCUAGAACACCUGCAAACAAUUUGCAGGAGCCAUCGUCAUUCACAUCUGGAUAUGCAUCGGAUGGAAACUUUUCAUAUACUGCCAGAGAUGGAAACUUGCGGGACCCAGCUGCUGCAUUUCCUCAUCAAGAACCUGCACCUACAAGUUUAUCAGCUCACCAGCAGGAGGUACCUUCUAGUUAUUCUUCUGUUGCAGGAAAAGAAGAUUCAAGAGAAACAAACGGGAAAUUUUAUCAACCAUCACAUCUACCUUUUGCUUCAGCUCCACAACACCAAAUCCCACCACCAAUAUCUCCUAGAGAUCGAUUAAUUUCCAUUGAACAACCUCAUUAUUCAUUUAGCAACCCAUCAAUUGACCCAACAACCGAUCUUAGCAAUCAACCUUUAGAUUUUGGGCCAAGAUUCAGUCAUGAUCAUGACCCAACAGGGGCAAUAUCCACUGGUAUGCACCUCACACCUUCAUUUGGAAGAUCAAGCUUCCAACCAACCAUGGCAUCUGGAAAUGCAACUUUUCCCAUUGGGGCAUCAAAUGCAUUUCAUGUAACAAGUGGCUUUCCUAUUGAUACAUACGGGACCCCUGGGUUUCCUGAAAGAAAUAAAAAGGUUUCAGUGCCAAAUUGGCUUAGAGAGGAAAUAAUUAAGAAGAAAGCAGUAAUUGGAACAGAGAUUUCCAGGCAGGAUACCGAGUCUAAUGAAGAUGAAGUUAUGGAGGGAUCUCUUGGGAAAGGAGAUCAGGUGGAUGGAAAAAGCAUGUCUACAGAAGAAGAGGAUGAUGUUGAGGAUUAUGUGGAAGCAGCUAGAACAGCUGCAAUAAACCAGGAAAUAAAGCGAAUCUUGACUGAAGUCCUUUUAAAGGUCACAGAUGAACUCUUUGAUGAAAUUGCAACCAAAGUUCUUGAGGAAGAUGAACUUUCUGUGGAAGUUGAGCAUAAACCGAUUGCUUCAAGUGAUAUGCCACCAGCAAUUCCAACUCCCAAGUCUUCUUCUGCAAAGGUUCUACUAAUUCCAGCUAAGACCAAAGGAACCGAUGCCGAUGAUAGUCGGAAUUCCAAUUCCAGUUCACCUGGAGAUGUUUUAGGACUCGGUAAUUACGCUUCUGAUGAUGAUGAUGAUGAUGAAGAGAAAGAAGUCCAGAAUCCGUCUUCCAUAAAUAGCAAGCCGACUGAGAAUGGCAGUUCACAUGUAGAUGGUAGCAAGUUUCUUGAAAAGGAAAGUGAUUCCCAUGGAGUGAGCCCAAAUGGUAAAAGUUCUUCUCAGACAGAUGCAGACCAUGUCACUCAAGAACAUCGGAAUCAUGAUUCCGGUGGUGAUGAGAAAGUAUCAGAUGACAAACACGAACUGUUUAUUGAUGGUAUUAGUGACAAGAAUUUAUUACCAAAUGAUUCUCAAGGGAAAAAUACGGAUAAAAGAAAGUUGGAUAGUAAAGACUACAAUGGUGAGGUGGAUGCAAAUGCAAAUGCAAAGGUAGAUGAGGAUGAAAAAGAAAAAGAAAAAGAAAAAAACACAAAGAAGGGAAAUAAAGAUGAUAGAAAUGGUAAUAAAGAUAAAAUAAAGGAUCAAAGGUUUAGCAAGAGUGAGAAUAAAAAAGAAACAGAAAGGGAAAGAAGAUCUCAUGGGAAAGAAGAUGGUAGAAAGCGAGAAAGAACAAAAGAUGAAAAGAAUGAAAGAUCAAGUAAAAGUAGGCACAAAAGACAUCAUUCUCCUUCAAGUGACACUUCUUCAGAUGACUCAAGAAGAAAGGUGCAUUCUAGAAGGCGCAAUUCAUCACCAUCUCCUGUGAGAUCAAGAAGACAAGUGUCAAGGUCUCCACCUAGCAAGCGUUCUCAGCACAGGCAUAAUAACUAUUCUUCUCUUGAAACCACCAGGGAAAGGAAGCGCUCAAGAUCCAGGUCACGAAGAGGAUAGUGUAAAAAGGGACUAUGAACAUAUGUUGUAAUAUGCAAUUAUUUUUUUUGAUGUCCUAAUCAUGAAGCUAGGUUUUAUAAACUCCUUAUUUCUUGUACUUGAUCUUGGAACAAGUUUGUGAAUUGUGGUUUCACCUGGAUUUUGCAUAUUGGGAAAUGUAUUAGUGUAGUUGGAAUCCUUCA